AUGCUUAAAAGAAGAAGUUAUCCAACUAAAUUGGUGAUUAAUGAACAGUUAAUCGAUGAAAUAAUCAUUGAUCCACAUUACGAAAUUAGCCAUUCUUAUAUGAAUGAUAAGUUGAUUUUAGAAAUAGUUGAACAAUUGAAUGGUCGUAAAUUUAAUCCUGUAGACCGCAAGG